CAUCGAGACCAUAUCGCUGAAGACACUGGUGAAAUGGAGUUGCCGUGGAGACCUAGGUACGUGGGUGAAAUCUAUACAUUCAGAAGACCAAGAUCUGAAACAUUAAAUAGUCAUGGCGAUUUUCUUGCGGAAGAAGUCUCACGAAGCUUUCCAUUCACUUUUAGUGGCUUCUUUUCCAACUCUGCGUGGACAAAUCCCAGCAAAGAGGAACGAGUAAAUGAUAAUGACGACCAAUUUCCCCCUCAGCAGUCAGAGAGGCCGCGACGAACACUUGCCAACGCACACAUACCGCCACCAUAUGACUCUGGCGAUGAUGGAGAUGACGAACACGACGACGAUGAUGAUGGUAAUGAUGAGAAUCGUUUUGUAGACGAUAUUGAAAGAUACUGCAUCGACUUUAGUGAUUACGUAUUCAAUGGGGUCGACGAUCGAAUUGAUCCUUUAGUCUCGGAUCAUGUCAGUCCACGCCUGUCAGCAACGCGACAACCAUCUUCUUCCCUCAGUCCGGUGCAUGACGGCCAAAUCAGUCUACAAGACGCGACAUUUUCUGCCUACUUUCAGAUCUUGGAUGCAAGAAUUCAGAGUGGCAAAAGAGGGACAUCAUGCCGCCAUGAGCAAAGCCUGCCGGUGUUCCGAACAGAAGACGAGAACAUCGAGAGCAACAAGGAAAACAGAGGCCCAAAAGACCACAAUCAGGGAAAUGAACUAGGAGAUUGUGUCAUGGUUGAAGGAGAAGAAGAAGACGAAGAAGACGAGAUGACAGACUCGUGCUUGAAUGUGAUUGACCAUCUGGACUACGUCAUGUUCCCAACGGCCGAAGUACUGGAAUUCGCCCGCGGAGGGGAAAUGGAAGUUCUGGAAGACGUUGACGAUGAAGAAGCCGCCUGUAGGCGAUUCCUAGGGGAGGAACAAUAUGACGAAGAUAAUAAGGAGCUCGGAAGGGAGGAGUUGGAGAACCGGGGCCGAAGGUGGUUCAGGUGCGGAGUCUUCUCCAAGGACCAGUGGUCCAAAGUCCCUCAUUCUGCAAACGAGAAAAUGCAAAUGCUGAGCUGGAGGAAUGGUGCUCAAACUGACUUGUACAGCAUCACAGUGGAUACGAUGUGGAAUGCUUUAUCGCGGAUGACUUUGGUAUCGCAACCCAUCACAUCAGCUUACCGUAUAUCUUGCUUUCCACGUGAAAACUAUGUAGAUUAUACUCAAAUGGAAUCAAGUCCUAUCGUGUAUACUUUAUGCCAUCAUGCAUAA